AUGGAUUUCAUUGCUGGGGCCAUCGGAGGUAAAUGUGGUCUAAGCACAGCCGUGGGUUAUCCACUGGACACAGUAAAGGUGAGAAUUCAGACUGAGAACCACUACAGAGGAUUUUGGCACUGUGUUCAGGAAACGUACAGGACAGAAAAGGUCCGGGGGUUUUACAAAGGGGUGACUGCCUCAGCCCUCGCUGUAUCAGUGGUUUCCUCAGUUUCCUUUGGCACAUACAAGAACUUCCUCGGCGCCCUCUGCAAGCUGCGUUACGGGGCUGCAGAUGCCAAGCCUUCCAAGCUGGAUGUUUCCCUGGCUGGAGCUGCUGCUGGCGCUGCCCGGGUUGUGCUGACAAACCCUAGUGAGGUGGCUAAAGUUCGGAUGCAGACUCAGAGGAACCCAUGCCCUUCCACCACACAUCAGCCUGUUUCCAAGCCAAAAUACCAAGGGUCUUUGCACUGUCUGAAGGUUAUCAUCAAGGAGGAAGGUUUUGGUGGUCUCUACAAGGGCUGUUCUGCAUUACUCUGCAGGGAUUGCUCUGCUUCUGCAGUAUAUUUCCUUUCCUAUUCUGCUCUGUGCGACUGGCUCACACCAGAUGGGAGAAAUAAACCAGGUUUCCUUGUUGUGCUGCUUUCUGGUGGUUUUGCUGGAGUCCUGGCCUGGGGAUUUGGUACUCCCAUGGAUGUCAUCAAAUCACGCAUGCAAAUAGAUGAAUCGGACCAGCACAAGUACAAAGGCCUGAUCCACUGUGUGAGGGAAAGUGUGAGAAAGGAGGGGGUUAAAGUGCUUUUCAAAGGACUGGGUUUAAACUGCAUUCGUGCCUUUCCCGUGAACAUGGUAGUGUUUGUAACGUAUGAAGGUGUACUGAGAUUUACAGAUCAUUAUAUAAACAAAAAAUAG